AUGUCGGAUAUUUGUAAGCUUUUGUGUUACCUAGGCUUUGCCGCUCAAGACUUUCUUCUUUUCUUCAAAUGUGACCUGACAAGUCACAAUGAGCGGAAGGUGACCUGCAAGCAUCCUGUCUCAAGCUUACCCUCACAAGACAAUUGCAUCUUUGUCGUCAACGAACAAUCUGCCUCCAAAGUGCCGGUGAAUGACCAGAAGGAUCGGCCACUAAGCACCAUGAGUGAGGCCUCCAACUACACGGGCGGCUCAGACUACGCCGCAAACCCCACUAGCCCAGCAGAAAGACCAUCAAGACCUUCCAAUAAAAUCCACAACUUUGGGAAGAGAUCCAACUCCAUCCGGAGGAAUCCCAGUGCCCCGGUGAUCAAGAGAAACUGGCUUUAUAAACAGGACAGCACGGGGAUGAAGCUGUGGAAGAAGAGGUGGUUCGUGCUGUCUGAUCUGUGCCUCUUCUACUACAGAGAUGAAAAGGAGGAGGGGAUACUUGGCAGCAUCCUCCUGCCGAGCUUCCGUGUGUCCAUGCUGUCUGUGGACGACCACAUUAACAGGAAAUAUGCCUUCAAGGCAACGCAUCCCAACAUGCGGACGUACUAUUUCUGCUCCGACACCGCCAAAGAGAUGGAGGCGUGGAUGAAAGUAAUGACGGAUGCUGCACUUUUGCAUUCAGAGCCAGUCAAAAGGUUGGACAGGCUAAAAGUGGAGCAGUGUGGACCGCAGGAGAUCAAUCACGUGGCCAACCACAGGCCUCCCCUCACACAGCCCGAAAUCCAGAACAAUCAACUGAACCGCGAGGUCGACCGCGAGCGCGCUGCGGCGGACGAAGAGAGAAAGCAGCAAGACGCCGAACGCUACGGCUUCCAGAAGGAGGGGGCGGAGCGCGAGCGCCCGCUCACCAAGAUCAACAGCAUCAAACUGCAGCCGGCCCAGGCGGCAGCCAUCAAGGGUAACCUCGCCUCGCUGCAGACUCCCACGGAAACGGACGGCUCCCUCCGCGGCCCCCAGGUCAAUGGAUCCGGAGAGCAUUGUCCACCUGAUGGGAGCGCAGUCCCACCUCGGCAAAGUCCCCCUCAUGAGCCAGACCGCACCCUGAGCAGGACCAGCUCCAUGCAGCAACUGGAGCAGUGGGUCCGUAGUCAGAGAGGGCGUAACCAGGAUGAUGACACCAGGAGCAUCACAUCAUACCAGACGCUGCCCAGAAACAUGCCAAGCCACCGGGUGCCAUACAUGCCUCACUAUGGCGACGGCUACUGCAGCAUGCCCAGGAAUAGCAUGGCACAGAGGGACAGCAUCUGCAGCAUGUCGCCGUCGCUGUACGACCAGGCCCUGGGUCCCUCUCCGGUGGACAAGCGCCGCUCCAUACGCGACGACACCAUGUGGCAGCUGUUCGAGUGGCAGCAGAGGCAGGGCUACACCCAGCCGCCGGGGCUCUACAGCAACAUGGCCAGUCCCAAAACCAUGAUCAACCUGUCGGAUCACGCCGCACCGAUCCACUCCAUCCCCCCCUCGCCCUCCCACGGCUCCCUGGCCAUGUACAGGGGCUACUCUCCGAUGCGAUCCUACAACAUGAGCAGUGCUCGUUCAGAGGUGUCCUCUCCCGUCUACCGAGGAGACAUGAGCAUCGACAGACGGCACAGGCCACAACUCAACAAGUAUGCCUACCCACCUGACAGGAGGUCCAUGCCUGCAGGGAUCCCGGUCCAGACUAUCACUGCCCAGUCUCUCCAAGGCAAAACGCCUGAGGAACUGACUCUGCUGCUGAUAAAGCUGCGGCGGCAGCAGGCAGAGCUAAACAGUAUCCGGGAGCACACUGUAGCACAGCUUAUGCAACUAAACGUGGAUGGAGACAACCCAAAGAACGACAUUCUCUCCCAUCACCUCCAAAGGAACCUCAUGUAUUUGGACAAUCAGAUGAAGGAAAAUGAGCCUUUAAUCGUCAUGACUCACUCUUUGAUUGAGAACUCUGCCCCGAGGCCUCAACUUUACCAGCAACUGAGUCCGGAAGACUACAGGGAUCACGCCUAUCCCCGUGUGCCAGAGGAAGUGGACAUUGAUACCAAACUUAGCAGGUUGUGUGAGCAGGACAAAGUGGUGAGGACACAGGAGGACAAACUUCAGCAGCUGUACAGAGAGAAGCACACCCUGGAGACGGCGCUGCUUUCAGCCAGCCAGGAGAUAGAGAUGGGCUCUGAUCACCCUGCUGCCAUGCAGAGUGUUAUCCAGCAGAGAGACUUGCUGCAGAGCGGCCUGCUCGGCACCUGCAGAGAGCUCUCCAGAAUUGCAGCUGAGUUGGAGCUGUCGUGGAGGGAGUACGAGCAGCUGGAAGGAGAUGUGACUCUGGCUAAGAACAACCUCCUGGAACAGCUUGAAGCACUGGGAAGCCCUCAGACGGAGCCUCCCAGCCAGCAGCACGUCCGCAUCCAGAAAGAACUUUGGAGGAUUCAAGAUGUGAUGGAGGCCCUCAAUAAACAUAAAGCCGAGAGAAUAGCUGAUAGUAUGAGCUUGUAUGGGCCCAAGAGCAACUUCAGCCAACACAACAAUGAGGAGGACGACUCCGUACCCCCACGGCCACCCCUCCCCCAGUCCUAUGAGCCCGACCCCCCCACCGUGCCCCCUAUGCCCUCUCAUGCUGGUGUGCGCCCUCCAUCGCUCCACAGGCCGGAGGACAGGAAGGCCAGUCACAGGAAUGGCACGCACAGUGGCCCAGACUACCGGCUGUAUAAGAGUGAACCAGAGCUCACCACAGUGGCUGAAGUGGAUGAGAGCAAUGGAGAGGACCGAUCUGAAUACCCGUCUGACAGAGAACACUCUGGAACCAAAGGGAUGUCCUACCCAGUUGGCAUUGUCCCACCCAGGACCAGAUCUCCAGUGCCUGAGUCCUCCUCCAUAGCGUCUUAUGUUACCUUGAGGAAGAGCAGGAGGCCAGACCUCAGGACGGAGCGUCCUCGCAGCGCGGUGGAGCAGCAGCUGUGCGCUGCGGAAAGCGGGCGGCCCAGGAUGAGCGUGGAGGAGCAGCUGGACAGAAUCCGCCGCCACCAGCAGGGCGCCCUCAGGGAGAAAAAGAAAGGUCUCCACAUCCGGGGUGGCAGCCAGGAGAACACGCCCUCUCGCAGUCACUCCUUUACGAAGGAAAACCACUUUCGCAUGCAGUCCCAAACGAGGCGCAGAGAAGAGGGGAUGUGCAGUGACAUUCAAAUGCUGGAGGCCUCACUCCGACAGCAGGAGGUGGUGAGGGACCAGGAGACGCCUGCCGAGGAGAUCGCCCGUCUCAAAGAAGCCUCGCUGGAUGACCACUUAAAUAUGGACCGACAGCUUUCUGUGCCUGACAAAGUGCUGAUUCCUGAGCGCUAUGUGGAGUCAGACCCCGAGGAGGCUCUGAGCCCUGAGCAGGAGGCGGAUAAGCAGAGGAAAGUUGAUCGCAUCAAAGCCCUCAUAGCCAAAAACAGCAUGCAGAAUGUGCUGCCCCUAAGCCCCGAGGAGGAGACUGAAGUGGAGGUUACCGUGCAGGAGAAAGAGAAGAUGAUUAAUAUCUCCUACGAGCUGGCAGCAGAGGCCUCCAAACGCAGCAAGCUGGUAGCAGUGAAAAGCCCUGUGUCGCCCUCUUCCUCACCCCUUCCACAGCCUCCUAACACACCCCCUCAACUCACUGAUGGGUCUCACUUCAUGUGUGUGUAGUAGCACCACACAGGCUCUGGCCUCAGUGAGAACCUACACAUGAAGGAAACAGCAGAGGAGGUGUGAAGAUGCCCCUGAAGACUUCCCCCGAGGGCGUCAGCACAAGGCCGCAGCCUACAGAGAGUGUAACUGCCGACUCUGGGUUAUUAACCUCUGACUUCUGUAUGCUCACUGUGACGUCUUAAGCUCUUAUGCCACCAACAACACGUUCUCUGUGACAUUUCUCUGUUCAUUCAGCUCGCCACAGAAUUCAGCUUGAUACUGUUAUUGUUGCAGUUCCAUUUAUUUUAGUUUUUGCAAGGUUUUUAAGGUUAUUUUCAUUAUUUAUAUGGUUUUAUGAGGUUGUUGUUUGAAUGUGGGCCAACAUUGGUCUAUAUAUGUAUAUAUAUGAGGCUAAUAGACUGAGCUCUGUUGUUAGCUUAAGGGUCUUGCGACAAAAUGUUUUGGCCACAUUUUCCAUUCACGUUUCACCAUCUGUCCGAAAAAAGUUUCAAAAACAUAUGUUCACAUAAUUUUACAUUUACCAGAUGAUUUUAGUCUUUUACGAGUCGCUCAGUUUGUUUUUGCAGACAUCAGUCAUUAACUAAACAUUCAUAUUUAUCCAUUUAUUGCAAAGAACAUUUGUCGAUGGGAAAGAGGAGUUUAUAAGCGAUGUAGAUCCCUCCAUUAUAGUGAAAGGAGGAGCCACUUUAUUGCUGCAGACCAAGAUUAUUUGUAAUUUUUCCUGUUUCUGGGUUGUAAUUAUUUAAAAAUGGGAUCUUCUGUAGUCCCCGUCGCAUUGUUGCCGACACAUAUGUGAAUGUUUCAGUCACUCUAUACUGUCUUCUUUUUGUAUUGCCGAGAGAUAUAUUUAAACUGAGAGAAGGAAAAAAAUCUAAGUUUGGUUCUAUUUUAUGAAAUGUUAGUUUGAAGACUUGGAACUAAAGGAGAAAAAAAAAAAGAUUAGCACAUGUAAAAAAAGCAAUAACAAAGAAACUGCUUGUGGAUCCAGGAUUGUGUGUGUACAAAGUGUAAUUAUCAGAGGUUUACUGUGUAUAUAAUGUACAUGGUACAGCAGGAUGGGGGGGGGGGGGGUGUAUCCAACAUAUGGUUACAUACUAAAUUUGAUUUGCAAUUGUUCAUAUCCCAUCUGUUUUAUAUCAUGUGAAAUAAAUGUUGCUGUUCUUAACAA